AUCAAUGUAUUAUUCGGAACAUCUCUAGAAUUUACAUCAGGAUCUCGUGACUGUGAUUAUUGGAUGCUGAUGCUGAGAAAGAGAAAAAGAAACAAGUUGUAAAAUGAACCCAUCGAGCGUCUCACUAAAGGGUGCUGUGAUAGUACAUUUCAUUUUAACAAUAUGGGCAUCAAUGAGUGGUGGCUUUUUACCAGAGUCCUAUAUUUACAUGAAUAUGUUUGUACUGUUGAUUGGUGUGUUUGCCAUUGUGAUGAAUGAGUCUGUAGAUGCAGUUUUUAUGUUUUUAUUUUUCCACUGUUUUACAAUGAUACAAGACAUCAUAUUUCUUGGAAUCUUUGAACCAAUGGGAUAUGAUACUUUUGAGAAACCUGACAUGGUUGUGAGAUCAAAGAAUCUGUACAGAUUUAGCCUUGGAAUGUGCAUUGUGAAUUUGAUUUUAAAACCAGUGACGGCCAUAUUGUUGUACCGUAUCUGGCAGGAUAGACAAGGCCAUGCAUUUGAUUUGCCAUUUAACAUUCCUGGAAUUCCUGGAAUGGGUAACCAACAUGAUAGUAAAUAUGAAAACAUUGACCAAUCAGUGCCAUCUAGUAAUUAUGUUGAGACCGCGUCAGCACCUAGAGGAAUAGAUGACCCCCAUGUAACCCCUUAGAUCAGCAGAUCUCCAUACAUCUAAUGGCUUUUGUGCAAUAAUAAAUGAACAUUCACCACUUAUAUUUUGCUCUACACUGUAGAUCUACUGCUUAGAAAUAUAUGUUAUUUUGAAAAAAAGUAUGAGAUACGGUUGUUGUCCUUAAAAAAUAUGGGGAAAAAUAUUCUCAAAAAUAUGGUGGUAAAUAUCCUCAAAAUAAUUGUAACUAAACAAGUUAUUGGUGAAUAAGAGAUAAAUGGAAGAUAUAAUACCAUAGGCAUUUAUUUUGUAUAGACCAACCAAUUUCUUGGUUCAUUAAAAAGUCUGUGGUUGUUAUAUUUAAUGUCAUAUGGGACAGGGAGUAAUACUUACAAUGUCUUCAAUUCCUUUGUUGAUAGUGUGAACUUGGUUGUGCUUGAUUGGUAUUGAUGCUGUGAAUUUUUCAAAUUUGGGGCUUUGUUUUUAGAGGGGGGAUGCGAAGGGUCCUGAUCUUGAAAUCCCGGUCUUAAAAAAACAAAAUCCUGUGGUCCUGAAUUUAAAUAAAGUAAAUCCCAACGUCCCGAAAUCCGAAAAAAAGGAUUCCCGGACCCUGAAAGGGUCAAUCCUGAAUUCCUGAGCUUAAAAACACCCGAUCUCGGAGUCCCGAUAAAGGUCCUAUCCCCCCUCAAUUUAGAUUACAAUAUGAGAUUAAUUUUCAGACAUUUUAUUGAUUCAGAAAUUUUUUUUUUACACUUUGUUUUUGAAUGAAAAUCAAUACAGCAGAAAACUUAAAAUUUAUUUCAUUAGCAAAAUUUAAUAACAUGAGCAAGUUCAGACAGAAAACAACCGUAUCUUUUCAAUGGUUGAUCAAAGCGAUCAAGGGACCAAAAAAAAAAUUAUUAUAUUAUUUUUACAGUCUGGAAAUGUUACAGUACUUAUUGAUAAUGUAAUGAAUAAAUUAUUGUGAGUUUUUAUUUUUGUUAAAAUUGUUCAGUCACAAUUUGAUAGUAAAAAUAUUAUUAAUUUAUAGUAAUUCAUUGGAAAUUUUUUAAAUCAGGUACUGUAAAUUUAGAAAUUAUUGCGUACAUUUAUUAUUCCGAUUUUGUAAAUUUAGGCUAAAAUGCUAUUUUAAUUUUUGCAAUAUUUAGAAAAAUCCUGUUUAAUUCAUAUAAAAAAUUUCAAAAUGUGAGUCGAAAUUAUUGCAAUUAAAACCCUGUUGCAUUUUUGCAAUAAUAAAAUCUAUGCAAUAACUUCUGAAUUUACAGUAUUAAGAUAUGGUUUAUUCAAACAUUCCGUUAUUUUAUAUAAUGUUUCAUUAAUAGGCUGGAACUACUAUUAAAUCUGGUUGUGAAUUAUUAAAAUUUUAUUAAAUUUUGGUCUGUAGAUCUGGCUUUAUCUAUAUGUAUAUAGGUAAUUUUGAAAGACAUAAUUUUAGUGGUGUUUUUUCAUACUUUUUUUCUUCAUUAAAUUCAUUUAUUUUUUGGUAGCUAGUUUAAUUAUGAUAGAAAUGAUUUAGAAUUAUUGAUUGUAUGUUGUUUAAAGUCUAAUAUAACAGACACCUUCAAGACACUAUGUUUUAAUAAACAUACUCAUGAUACAGGUAGUUAAAAAAAAAGAAAGCACUUAAAAUCAUUGAGUCAAAUAAGAGUUCUAUUUAUCCUUUAAGAGGGGGAGAAUUCAACUUUAUCAAGGGAAAUUAAAUUGAAACAUUUUGUUGAAUAUUUUGGAACUCCAACUCAUUUAUAUUCUUCACUUCAGUUUUAAAAAUAUUUAUAUAAAACAAUUCAUGUUCGCUAUGUUAAAUUGGUUAUUCCAAUGGCAUAAACUCAAAGUUAAAGUUUUAUGAUUGAAAAUUUAUAAGUCUCCAUUAAUCAUAACAUUUAAGUCCUUUAAGAAACAGUAGAAAAAAAAGAAAAAAAACCAAACUGAAAUCUGUCUGAGUCUUUUAGUAAUUUUGUAUGUCAUGUAUGUGCAGUUCAACAUGAUAUUUAUGUAUAUUGGAGGAAUAAUUGUCACUUUAGCAAGGAAAUUCAUGUUCUGAAUAGUAUUGCACAAAUAUUGACCUGAGCUAUAUAUCCUAUUGAAUUAGCAAUUUUACCUGACCAUAUCAGAAAAUAGGUAUUUAGUCGGAUCUUAACACGUACUUGUGAUUUGUUUAAACCGGUUUUGGAUAAUAAUAUACGAAGAAAUGUCAAAAUGUUUAGGACUUAAUUUAAUCCGUAUUUCGGUAAUAUUGUGCCAGCAUACGAUUUUUAUUGCGUCUUACACUUUGAGAAGUGAAUAAUCUGUAACUACUUUAUUCAAAUAUUCUGUAAAAACGUGAAUUUUGAGCUAUGAAAGUCAAGUGGCUCGAUAAUUUUUCUGAGGAAGUUUUAAAAAAGUGCAAAAAAAUAUUUUUACAGUGGGUUAGCUUUCAUUAGUCUUCACUAUCUAUAGAUUAACAACUUUUGGUUAUAUUUAUAAUUCAGAAUCAUCAUUGAAGGUGGAGCACUAUUGCGCAGUUAAUUAAUUAUAUGGAUGUGCCAUUUGUAUGAUGAGUGACAUUCCGUGGUAUUAUGUGCCAAUUCGAAAAAGUUAUAUGAGAAUUGUCUCCCCUUAACAGGUUCAUUUUUUUAUA